AUGGGUCCGAUCUGGUAUAUUGGACCCCUAUUCACGAUACCCUUCCUAUAUACCAUGCCUCCUGUUCCGAUUCCAUCGUCCGCUGAUGUUGCUGCGGAGAAAGAGGCUGCAGCCGCACAAGAAGCUGCAGCUGCUCGCGAAGCAGCCGAGCAGGCCGAGCUCCUACUCGAACAGCGAGCUGACGAAGCCCAGUCUGCUGCUCUAGCUGCUGCCGCUGAAGCUGAAGCCGCUGCCGAUGACUCGGCUGAGUCCGAAGAACAAAGCAAGGAUGCGGCUGCCAUUGAAGCCGAGAUCAUUUCCAAGGCUGCAGCCGUUGCCGCUGCCGAAGAGGCCACCAAGCAGGCCGAAGAGAAGGCCAAUGCAGUCAAGGCACUGGCCGCUAAGAAAGAGCACGCCGCCAUCGCGAAAGCCAAGGCUGACUACGAGAAGGAGAUCGCGCAUCUGACCAAGAUCGCAGCCCAGAAGCGUGACGACGCCAUCAAGAAAGCAGGCGAAGAGCUCACCAAGGCGACCACGACCGCUUCUAUCAUCCGUCGCAAAGAGGAAGCCAAUGCUCAGACCGCACGCGCCAAGGCCGACGAGAAAGCAGCCAAGAUUCGUCUUGAAGCUGAGAAGACUGCCUGGAAGGAGCGCCAGGCCGCCGAGAAAGCUGCACACGAUGCUUUCAAGAAGGCCGAGAAACUGGCUGGUGAUGAGAGGAAGAAGGCUCACAAGGACGCCGAAGUUACUCGCAAGGCCGCAAUCAAGGCGAUCGCCAAGAAGCGCGAGCAAGCUUUUGCUGAUGCAGAAGCCGAGAAAGCGAAAGCCGAGAAGGAGGAGCAAGAUAAGCAGAAUGAGGCACACAACAUCGCUGCAAAUGAUGACCCCAAGCUUGUCCUCCCUCCAACCACCGUCGAAUGGCUUUACGGACUUCUUGGAUGGGGCACUGCCGCCGCUGCGAUCCAGGUUCCUGCUCAGAAUUGACCUUGUCGAUAGUUCUACCACGCAGAGCCACGACUUUACGACCACUUUGAUGACGAAUAUAUUGACGCCUAUGAUUCUGACUCCGUAGGAUGAUAGAGGCUUGACAAGCG